AUGGCUGCGCAGCCUGGACGUGUCUGCCUCUCAGCGGAGCUGUGCCAGCGAUGCUGUGGCGCCGUGGGUCACCGCAUCACGGCUGCGGCCAGGGGCGAGGUGCCUCUGUCCGCAUCUUUUACAGCGUCGCAGCAGCCUACCGUGGAGGAUCUCUUUGUGAGACGCUUCGGCACGACCACGUUUGACCGCCGUCGGGGCACCUCCGCCACCGAUGCGCCACCGCUUGUCUCGCCAAGCGCAGGCGUGGACGCACUCUUCACGGAACGGUUUCCUGCUCUGACAGCACAGGCUACAGUGGAGAGGAUGCACCAAGUGGCCGCGUCUCACGAUGCCGCGAAGACACAGUCAGCGAUGUGGGAUGGUCUUCGGCGGUGCUUCACGUUUCGCGGCCGCCUACCUUCGGCCCGGAUCAAUAACAGCACGGGUGACACGCCGUCGCCGGCGCCACCGCCUGCCCGCUUCUCUGCGCAGUACCCGCCUGUCGCCAAUGAAGCCUCAGGGCUUUCAGCGUCUGGACACCAGUCUCCGCCGCCUGCGGUGCAGCGCUACUGGCACAGCUACCAGCUGUGGGCAUCCCUGCAGCCGCACAUCCAGCAGGAGCACCAGGCAAUACUGCAGCUGCGUGCCCAGGCGCAUGCAGCCAAGAUCGCGCAGCAGAAGUCCCUGCGGCAGCACCUGCACCGCACCGUGUACUGGACUCUGUUCGUGGUGUGCCCGCUGCUGGGGCUGCUGUUCCUGUGGCUAGCCAUCGACGCCGCUGCGUACGGGGCGGAACUGGAGCUACUGCCCUUUGUGAAGUACGACGAAGCACUGCGGGACUUUGCCGAGGCGGAGGGCCACCACCGCCAGCUCAUCCGCGGCAAGCGCAACAACGGCGUAGCGAAGAAGAAAAACAUACGCAUCGACUAA